CAGCUCAUUCUGUUUGCUUAAAACAGCCAUAUAACGUCCAAGUGACUCAUUUUAGAGUCUUGUUUGCUUUCAGAUAUAUUUGACCUAAAACUACAUGCCUGUGAGAUCGGACCACUGCACUAGAUGGUCGGAAUCAAUGCAGACAGAAGGAGCCUUGAUUUACCUCAUAUUUACCUGUCAUGGAGCUGUCAAACCCUGGACUGGUGGACCAUCCCUGACAGCUUGAAUUCAGUGGGCAAUUUCUGAAGACCUCAGGACUGACCCCAAAGCUUGCCAGACGGAGGAGAAAUGCAGUCUGAUGAGGGUACGGAGUGGCUUGUGGAGCUGCUGACAGACGUGCAGCUCCAGCAUUACUUUCUGCGUAUUCGUGACGACCUCAAUGUCACUCGCCUCUCACACUUUGACUACGUCAAAAAUGAGGACCUUGAGAAAAUCGGAAUGGGCCGUCCAGGACAGAGGCGGCUGUGGGAGGCAGUGAAAAGGAGAAGGGCCAUGUGUAAACGCAAGUCAUGGAUGAGCAAGUCUUUGUGCUUGGGCCAGCAGGUGUUUACCGGGAAGCGACCUGACUCAGAUUCCCAGACCCCAGUGGCGUUCCGCAGUGCAUCCCCCUCAUCGACCCAGCCAGACGGCCAGCCGGCAGAUCUCACUUGCCUUAUCAGCGACAGAGACCUCACCCUGUUCGAGAAACUGGGAGAUGGCUCCUUCGGAGUGGUGAAACGUGGAGAAUGGCAGGCUCCCUCAGGAAGAGUGCUCAGUGUGGCCGUGAAGUGCCUGAAGACAGAUCUGUUGGAGCAGGGUGAAGGUCUGGAUGACUUCAUAAGGGAAGUUAACGCCAUGCAUUCCCUGGACCACCAGAAUCUCAUUCGUCUGUAUGGUGUGGUCCUCACACACCCCAUGAAGAUGGUGACAGAGCUUGCCCCAUUGGGUGCUCUGUUGGACCGUCUGAGGAAGCGGCAGGGUCAUAUUUUGAUAUCAGUGCUGUGCCACUACGCGGUUCAGAUCGCCUGUGGCAUGGCUUACCUCGAAUCUAGACGAUUCAUCCACAGAGAUCUGGCGGCACGCAACAUCCUUUUAGCCUCCAAUGACCUUAUCAAGAUUGGUGACUUUGGCCUUAUGAGGGCCCUGCCUAAGAACGAUGAUCAUUACGUAAUGCAGGAGCACCACAAAGUCCCUUUUGCCUGGUGCGCUCCUGAGAGCUUGAAGACCCGUACCUUCUCUCAUGCCAGUGAUACUUGGAUGUUUGGAGUAACAUUGUGGGAAAUGUUCACUCACGGGCAGGAACCAUGGGUUGGGCUCAAUGGCAGCCAGAUUCUCCAUAAGAUCGAUAGGGAGGGAGAGAGGCUUAUCAAACCAGAGGACUGUCCGCAGGACAUUUAUAAUGUCGUGCUGCAGUGCUGGUCACCUAAACCUGAGGACAGACCAACAUUUGUGUCCCUCAGGGACUUCCUAGUGGAGACAAUGCCCACAGACAUGAGGGCACUGCAGGACUUUGACGAGCCAGACAAACUUAAAAUUCAUGCUAAUGACAUCAUCACCAUCAUAGAGGGCAGAGCGGAGAACUACUGGUGGAGGGGUCAGAACAAACAGACUCUGAAGGUGGGACAGUUCCCUAGGAAUGUGGUGACCUCUGUAGCUGGCUUGUCUGCUCACGACAUCAGCCGACCCCUUAAACACAGUUUCAUCCACACAGGCCAUGGGGACACAGACCCACACCGUAGCUGGGGCACCCCUGACAAGAUCGAUGAUCUGUACCUUGGAAAUCCCAUGGAUCCCCCAGAUGUUCUUGGGCUGGACUCAAGUGCUGCCAAGCCCACUAAAUUACCAAACCGGGCAAAAAAACAACCUCCUCCUAGGCCUCCUAAGCCAGCAGUUCUUCUUAAAAAACCAUUCUAUGACUCUGUGCUUGACGAUGAUCUAAUAGUCACAGGUGUGAAGAUGUUCUCUCUUAAGACACCUACAUACCUGGGUUUGCGCCUCCGCCCUUGGGAAAGCACCAGCCCGAGCGACCGCCUUAGCGAAGUCUCCCUCAUUGACUUUGGAGACGACAGUUUCAGCUCUGCUUCACCAUCCCCCAUUACAGAGACACCCAACCCCAGCACGCCGAAACUGCCCUUGUCCUCCACCACAUCCCUCCUGGACAUGGUGCCACCGCAGAGCCCCAACCGUGCUCUGCCCAACCCCAUGCACCCUACUCCAGUACUGGAUUGGGACAUGCGGCCCCUGCCUCCUCUUCCGGCUUACGAUGAGGUGGCUGUUGAAUGUGUGGAGCAGGAGGACAUAGAGGUGAGCUCCAUUAAUGCAUCUACGGCGCAGGAAGACACUGCAUCUGAACAAACACAGCCAUCAGAAGAAGAAACCAAAACCGAUGGUAAGCACAGCAUAGAGGACAAUCUCUUUCUACCAUCCAAACAAACUGAGGAGAGCCAUUCGUUUUCACAAUCUGCAGACAUCUUCAAAGAGCUACAGAGGGAGGUGAUGGUGAAGCUUCGGGUCCCCCCAACAGGACGUUCCCUCCCCUCUUCACCCAUUCCUUCAGCCCUUGCCCCACACCGCCAGAUCAUCCUGCCCUCCUCCUAUGAGGACAAGCCUCAGAUACCCCCCAGAAUCCCCAUUCCACCCAUGCGGCCCUCAAGGCAUGCAGGAAUAUACGGCAGCAGACUGUCGGUCUCCCUUGGAGACAGUGAAGAUGACAGCUGUUGUCCACCUCAGAUACCCCCAAGGGAUCACGCGUUAUCUCAGCCCAGUUCCCGGGCCCCAAGCCCCAUGGUACCGCAGGGAGGCUCCCCUCAACAAAGAUCUAGUCUCUGCUGCGUUGGGUCUUUGGGCUCCUGCCUCUCGCCAUCAUCAUAUUCUUCUGCACCAUCCAGCUCCUCCACGACCUCCUCCACAUCCACAUCCACCACCACCAGUUUGACGAGUGGUUCUCAGUAUGGCUCUACUGAAGUGGGGCAGACCCGGUCCAAGAGUCCCUGCAUCUUGCCUAUCGUGUAUGGUGGUGUGAAGGCCAGCAGUACUCAUUAUUACCUGCUACCAGAGAAACCAGCCUACUUGGACAGAUACGACAGGUUCUUGAAAGACAAGGAGGGAAGUGAUGAGAAAAGAUUUACAAAUAUGGCCACUGUGAGGCCUAUGGUUCAACAGCAAGUCAACAAGCCCAGCGUUUCCCCCGGGCAGACCAGUAACAGUGGGAACUCCUAUAGUCCGGCUUGGCCGAACAGCACCUUGCUGGCUGGGACAGCUACGCAAUCCAGUGCGUACAACCGAGAAACAGUACAACAAGUGCAGGAGGCAGUACAUGGAGUGACUGUAGAGGAGUGUCAAACAGCCCUUCAGACUCACAGCUGGAAUGUUCAGGAGGCUGUAAAAUACCUAAAGGUGGAGCAGUUGUUCCGACUGGGUCUGAAGGCUCGGCCCGAAUGUCUUGAAGUUCUGGAGAGAUGUGGCUGGAAUCUGGAGCAGGCCAGUACCCAAAUGCUAGACUCUUAUGGUCCAUCUAGACCUAGGUUCUAACAGCUGGAGGAGUGAACCAAGAUGUUCUCCAUUCCAUCGCAGCCAAUAAGAUUUUAAUGUCAACUGCAGCCCACUGAGUCUGAACCAGUCAUAGAUAUUUUCAGGUCAUUUGAAUUUUCAUUGCUUUACUGUUUAUAAUCAAUGCAAGACAAAUCAUGCAAAAUUCACCUAUACUUGAAUUUCAAUAGUGCAAUGUAAACACAGAAAACAAAGUAACAGUGUACAUCAGAUUUUGUUUUAUAUGUCCUGCUGAUAUUAAGUUUUUUCAUUUAUUAAUUAGAUAAAUGUCUGUUUUUAUUGAGUGCAUUUAAUAUUGAAUGACUUUACACUCUAGUUUGAAUUUACAUUCAGUCUGUGAAAUGUUUAAGAAUGUUUUAUUCAGGAGCAUAGGAAUGAUCUCAAGUGUUGUGGAGAUACAAUAUAAAACUUGUCUGCUUUGCUCAUGAAGAUUAUGUUAUAUGAUGUUUGCCCAGUAGUCCUAACUGCUUUGCUGAAAGGUAGACAUUGGCAAGUAGGUACUAGUCAUUGUAGGAUAUGCCAAACCCUAACCCUGGCAUGAGAAAUGGUAAGGCAUCCCCCAGGAGGGUCUUAAAAAUCUUAAAGUGGGGGUAUAUGUCCCUCCAGUGUUAUGAUGGUUGCUACGCCCCUGACUGUACUGGCACAAGAAACAUUUGAUUUGAUGAAUUUUAUAGACCCUUAUUCUCCAAUCCUCCCAUUAACUUGUUGCAUGCAACUCACAGGCUUUGUUGUCGCUAAUUUAACAAUAGCUAGAUUUUAUUUAUCCUUAGUGGUCUUUUGAGUGGUGUUAGAAUAAUUUUUUUUGUAAUGUGCCAUGAUGACUGCUGCUUAAACAAUUGUGCACGUACAGUAUUUAAUAGGCAACAAUUAAUUUAAUUGUUAGUUUUAUUGGUCCUCUUCAUUCUCAUGUGUUUGAUCAAAGGACCACCAAAGACAUCAGUCACGUUACGUAAUUAGAUUUGUUUGGUGGUUGUUGUUUACACUGUUGCUGCUUAGGCUUCCAUUUUGAAUGAAGAACAUAGGUUUUACGUAAUAAGUGAAGACUGGGGGGCCUGGGGAGCUCAGUGGUAAAGACGCUGGCUACCACCCCUGGAGUUUGCGAGUUCGAAUCUCAGGGCGUGCGGAGUAACCCCAGCCAGGUCUCCAGGCAACCAAAUUGGCCCGGUUGCUAGGGAGGGUAGUGUCACACGGGGUAACCUCCUCGUGAUCGCUAUAAUGUGGUUUGCUCUCGGUGGGGCGUGUGGUGAGUUGUGCGUAGAUGCCGCAGUGGAUGGCGUGGGCCUCCACACGUGCUAUGUCUCCGUGGUAACAUGCUCAACAAGCCACAUGAUAAGAUGCACGGGUAGACGGUCUCGGAUGCGGAGGCAGCUGAAAUUCAUCCUUCGCCACCCGGAUUGAGGUGAGUCACUAUGCCACCACAAGGACUUAGAGCAAAUUGGACAUUCCAAAUUGGGAGAAAAAGGGGAGAAAAUAAAAAAUAAAAUAAAUACAUAAAGUGAAGACUGGACUCACUGAAUACUCCCUUACGCACUUCGCGGUUUGCUCAGGUUCAUAUCAAAGAAAAUGCAAUUAGUGUUUGUGUGAAAAGUAGAUAGUUUAGUACAUAAAUUUGAUACAUGACUGGUACUGAAUUACAGCUUUUUUUGUUCUUCAGUCUUCUAUAAGUUCAAGGUUUGCUACUCUUUGUCAGUUAUAGUUCUCUAAUAUACUGUACAUCACAAACUUUGAAUCAAUCACAUACAGACAUCUGGCUCAGCACUUUAAGACUUCUCCUCUGUGUUUGUGUGCUUAGUCAUUUUUAUGUGCUUCUUUGUUUAGCUGCUCAGUAUUACAGUUGUUUUUUCUGGUUUUGUGUAUAUUUAUGCAAAUUUAGUUGCAAUACAGUUUUUGAAAUAUAGCCUGUGUCAGUGCUCACCUCAUGUAGAUUGCAUUCCACUCUUUCUGAAGUGGUUGGCAGAAUAAUAAUAAUAAUUAUUAUUAUUAUUAUUAUUGAACAAGCUUUAUGAAUGUGUAUUUUAUAAUUAUUUAUCUGUAUUUUUGUAAUGAAGAAAAUCUUAAAACUGGUGUGAUGGAGGUUUAAUUAUUUUAUAACACGCUAUAUUUGCUUUUCUCAGACACAUAAGUUUGAUACUUCAUUUAGCACAACUGGGAUGACCUGCAGCAAUAUUUGUCCCCGGAGGUUUAUUUUCAUAGGCAUUUGUUACCUUUAUGAAGGCAUACUUUUCCUAACGUGUAAUAUAACAUAACAUAAUAAUAUAACAUGUCUUCAAUCUUUAUCAAACAAUUCA